CAACACCUUCUUCGAGGUGAAGUCCAUCUCCAACCAGGUGUGGAAGUUCCAACGUUAUCAGCUGAUCAUGACCUUCCACGACCGUCCCAUCCUGCCGCCCCCCCUCAUCGUCCUCCCCCACAUCUACAUCGUCCUCAAGAGGCUCUGCUGCCGCUGCAGGCGGAGGACGGAGGGCGAGCGCGACGACCGCGAGAGACGGCUCCAGCUGGUGCUGAGUCCUGACGAGCUGAAGAGUUUGUAUGAGUUCGAGGAGCAGUGUGUGGAGGAAUAUUUCAGGGAGAAAGACGACGAGAAGCAGUCGUCCAACAACGAGAGGAUCAGAGUCACCUCGGAGAGGGUGGAGAACAUGUUCAUGCGUCUGGAGGAGGUGAACGAGCGCGAGCACUCGAUGAAGGCGUCCCUGCAGACGGUGGACCUCCGCCUGGCGCAGCUGGAGGAGUUCUCGGGACGCAUGAUGAACGCUCUGGAGAAGCUGGCGGGCGUGGACCGCGCCGAGCUCGUCAGGACGCAAUCCAGAGCAUCGUCGGUCUGCGAGCCGGCCGCUCUGCUGCGACACGGCAGCCUCAACAGCGCCGACGGAUACAGCCU